AUGCCGUCUUCGUGUUUGCCCUUGGUCGUCUUCCACCACCAUCCUCACGGUCACGGCCAGGAGGAGGACGCUAACGAUGAGGAGAUGCUAAUGUUCAGCGUAUCCAAGCGAAGCCUGCACGAGAACGUGGAGCAUGGCCUUCUAGCUGCAGGCAACAGCAUGUGCUGGACCACUCCACAGGGUUGGAUACUCCUCCUCGCCCAGGAUCAUGGCACGAUGCCUUCUUCGGCUCGUCUAUGGAACCCUUGCCUUGGCGACAAACUCCCCUUACCAGAUAUCGGAGAGGAGCACCAGAUGCCAUACCACUGCAGGUGCCUCCUCUCCCACAAGGACCCAACUCACCCAGGAUGUGUCAUCGUGCUCUUCAAUGACACCGCGCCUGAUCUCUGGUACUGCCACACCGCCGGUGGCGGCGACAACAGCAGCAGUUUUUAG